AUUCCAAAUGGCCAGAGGUUUUCGAAAUGCGCUCGACAACUGCAGAAAGCACGAUUCGUUGUUUGACCGAGCUCUUCGCACGUUUUGGUUUCCCAGAAACAAUUGUUUCCGAUAAUGGACCUCAAUUUGUUUCGCAGGAGUUCAAGCACUUCGUGCAGGCAAUGGGGGCACGGCACGUCCUCACGGCUCCCUACCACCCCAGCUCCAAUGGGCUGGCAGAGCGUUUCAUUCAGACCUUAAAGAACGCCCUCCGCAAAGACGGCACAGGAGAGACACUGCAGUGCGUGCAACCACACAGAGGGGCACCUUCACCUGGCGUCGCCACCAGGAUCAACUGCUGCACAGACCUGCAGAGGACGUUAACCCUACGCAUGGAACAGCUGGCGAAGCUACGACCAGCGAGUUCCUGGUUUUUCCUGAGACUGGCGACGCACCAGUUCCUCCGACUCCACAACCGUCCAGGGCGACUCCGGUUACGCCACAGGCAACACCAGCACCCGCCGAUGCAAGACGCUACCCCAUGCGAAAUCGUCGCCCACCAGAUAGAUUCCAAGCUGGACUCUGAAUGACUUGGUGUGCGUUAUUAAAAAGAAGGGGAGGUGGUGUUGUGUCGGCUGGCGCUCCAUUGAUAAGAGCACUCUGCGAAGUGCGCAUGCGCCGCUAGGUGUUAAAAGCGGAGUGCCGCUUGCUAUCGGCGCUCUUUCUUGCCGUAGCCACGAACCCACAAGCAUGGGUCAAUAAACGUCGUUCA